ACGGGAGGCACCCUAGCACUGCAUAUUUUCCCGGCCGUCUCCUAUGUAGAAGUUGUGAACAGGGGCAUCGCGUAGAAUAUUUUCGCUACGGCGCACGGUAGAGGAGUCCUGUCAGAGUCCGGCUUCCUCCCGUGUCGUGUUUCGUUAGGCUGCCCCUCCGCGGCCGGUGCCGACGCGAUCGAUCCCCCUUCCGCCUUGCCUUCUUGAAUCCGAAUUCAGAGCAAGCUCGCCCUGCCGCCUGAAAAUAAAUAGAGCAGCCGAUCGGAAGAGAGAGAGAGAGAGAGAGAAGAGAAAGAAUCGGUCCGCCUGUUUGGUCGUUACACCCAUGGGGUUGCUGGCAAUCAAUCGGCUCGUGUCUAUGCAGCCGGAUUGGCGUCGCCGGCCAACUCAAGGCCGCAAUGGAUUGGUGACUUCAUCCGUAGCCAAAAGAAAGGGCUCACCCUGCAGCCUACAUGAUGACAAUUCUGGGAGUGUUAAAAAAUCGAGAUAUUCAGGAUCACCCCUUCCAGAGGAUAUAUGGCAUCAUAUAUAUUCUCUGCUUCCUCUGCGAGAUGCUGCACGUGUUGCCUGCGUGUCUCAUACAUUUAAAAGUUACUGGAGACAUUUUCCCAAUCUCAGCUUAACUAGGGAAACACUGGGUUUGAAUGUCGGGGUGGAUGGAUUGUCAUGUCGAUGUGAAAUAGCGAUGGAUCUUGCAAGGAAAACCGACCACAUUCUCAAAAACCACUCAGGCAUUGGCGUUAAGGCAUUCAAGCUUGAAAUAUGUGGUUUCCCCUUUUUCAACAACUCUUGCGAUCUCGAUCGUUGGCUUCAUAUUGCUGCCAAACCAGGGAUUGAAGAACUUGACCUGAAGCUUUUAUCAACUUAUGUAGCUCUUUGUCCAAAAAAAUCUCAUGCAACUGUUUGUCGAAAGAUAUCUGAGGCGGCUUUUUGUCGAAAAAAAUCCCAUACAAAUGUGUACAACUUUCCAUGCUCACUUUUAGAUGGGAGUGGCAAGUCGAUCCAGCAGCUUCAUCUCAACAGUUGUGCCCUCCGCCCCACGACAGGACUUGGCCGCUUAAGAAGCCUGACUAGUCUCGAAUUUUUUCGUGUGCAUAUUACGGAAGAUGAGUUAAGGUGCCUUUUUUCCAGUUCAAUUGCUUUGGAGAAACUGGUACUGUGGUCCUGCAAUGAAUUAUCUUUCUUGGAGAUACCUAGCCUGUUGCAGCGGCUUAACCACCUGGUUAUACCAGGUAUUGGGCAUACAAGAACAUUCUGUAGUAUUAGUAAGAGGAGGAAGGGUUAAGUAUCUUUGAACUCGGUGUGAGAUAUCGCAUUAUUCGAGCUGGAUGCAGUCGCAGUAAAGAAUCAUCAACUCAUGGAUUGUGGAAAUAUGGAAAUGAUAAAGAGCAAAGCCCCUAAUCUAUACAUUUUUCAUUAUGGUGGUACCCUAAUACCGCUAUCACUUGGUGAUUCAUUGCAGAACCUAUGCAUUGAUGCUUUAUUAGGUCGCCAAGACGUUGUUCAUUAUCCUUGGGCCGAUCUUCUGCGCAUGGUGCCACAUCUUGAAGAUCUCGAAAUAUCUUCGUAUUGUGCGAGGGAUACACUGGUGGUGCCUGGCAAAUUCCUCCACCUCCAAUGCCUAUGUAUUGGGGCUUUUAACCCAGACUAUGAUUAUCUAUGCAAUGCAGGUAGAUGCGGGUCGCGUGAGGCAAGAAUCGGUUUUAGGAGAAUCUUCACAUGAUCUACGGCAGAUGCCAGGACACGUGCAUCGGAACAUGAAGGAUGUGGUUAUCAUUGGCUUUUGUUCUGCAAAGAGCAUGGUUGAGCUAACAUGCCAUAUGCUUGAGAAUGCGAAGUCGCUAGAGUACCUUACACUGAACACCUCUUCGAACCCUGAAAUUUUGUGCUCUGAUAGUGAAAAUGGUAGAUGCCUCCCGAUGAGCAAGCAUAUGAGGAUGGAAGCCCGCAAAGCGCUCUUGGCCGUGGAAAGAUUCAUUUUGGGGAAAGUUCCCUAUAGUAUGGAGUUAGAAGUUGUGAAGUCUUGCAGCCGGUGCAAUAAUACAACAUUUUUAUUAUUUGACCAACCAUCAGGAGAAGCAAAUACAAGGGGUACACUAAUUACUAAGACUGAGCAAGUCGCAGUUAAUGCAAAAACAGCUAAUUGGAAAGCAAUAGUCAUAUUUCUAAUCCUCCAAGUUACAAUAGUCUUGAAAUUUAGCCCAGGAAUAUGUGAUCUUUUAAGCCAGGUGCAUGUUCUUGGCAUUGUAAUUUCUUUUUCCUCGCACCAUUUU